AAAGCGCAGGCGUCGUAACAUACUGUGACAAAAAAUGGCUGCUCUCUGUGGUUUAUCAAGAGUUGCAGGACGGUGGUUUUCAUGUAGGGCUAGAACACAGCUGCCUGCAGUUUGCCAGGCCGGAACACGCAACUUCCACUUUACUUUGUAUGGGAAAAAAGACCAGACUGCCAAAGUUUCAGACUCUAUUUCUACCCAGUAUCCUGUAGUGGACCAUGAGUUUGAUGCAGUUGUGGUUGGAGCUGGUGGAGCAGGAUUACGAGCGGCAUUUGGACUUUCGGAGGCUGGAUUCAAUACAGCAUGUGUUACAAAACUUUUCCCUACAAGAUCACAUACUGUAGCAGCACAGGGAGGCAUCAAUGCAGCACUGGGGAACAUGGAACAAGAUGACUGGCGAUGGCACUUCUAUGAUACUGUAAAAGGCUCUGAUUGGUUAGGUGACCAGGAUGCAAUCCAUUACAUGACAGAGCAGGCCCCUGCUUCUGUGAUUGAGCUUGAAAAUUAUGGCAUGCCUUUUAGCAGAACAGAAGAUGGAAAAAUUUACCAGCGAGCCUUUGGAGGCCAAAGUCUUCAGUUUGGGAAAGGAGGCCAGGCUCACAGAUGCUGUUGUGUGGCUGACAGGACAGGCCACUCUUUACUGCAUACACUGUAUGGCAGGUCCCUUAAAUAUGAUACAAGUUAUUUUGUGGAAUAUUUUGCCUUGGAUCUCCUGAUGGAAAAUGGACAGUGCUGUGGAGUAAUAGCGUUGUCAAUGGAGGAUGGAAACAUUCAUAGAUUUAGAGCAAAGAACACUGUCCUUGCCACAGGGGGUUAUGGCCGUACAUAUUUUAGCUGUACUUCUGCCCACACAGUUACUGGUGAUGGUUUGGCUAUGGUCAGUAGAGCAGGCCUUCCUGGUCAGGAUCUGGAAUUUAUUCAGUUCCACCCAACAGGAAUAUAUGGUGCUGGCUGUCUUAUUACUGAAGGGUGUCGUGGAGAGGGUGGCAUUCUGAUCAACAGUGAAGGAGAAAGAUUCAUGGAGCGCUACGCACCUGUUGCAAAGGAUCUGGCUUCUCGAGAUGUAGUAUCACGGGCUAUGACCAUUGAAAUUCGUGAAGGAAGGGGAUGUGGCCCUGAAAAAGAUCACAUGUACUUGCAGCUACACCAUUUACCACCUCAACAGCUAGCUGCACGUCUUCCUGGCAUCUCUGAGACAGCCAUGAUUUUUGCUGGUGUUGAUGUUACAAAACAACCUAUCCCAGUACUUCCUACUGUCCAUUAUAACAUGGGAGGUAUUCCCACCAACUACAAAGGGCAGGUAUUGAUGCAUGUGAAUGGAGAAGAUAAAGUAGUGCCUGGUCUUUAUGCCUGUGGUGAAGCAGCCUGUGCAUCUGUCCAUGGUGCUAAUCGUCUGGGAGCAAAUUCCCUUCUGGACUUGGUUGUCUUUGGUCGUGCAUGUGCAUUGAGCAUCGCUGAAUCUUGCACACCAGGUGAUCCUGUUCCUUCAAUUAAAUCAGAUGCUGGAGAGGAAUCUGUAGCAAACCUUGACAGAGUGCGAUUUGCAAACGGCAACACAAGAACAUCAGAGCUUCGACUAAACAUGCAGAAGACCAUGCAGAACCAUGCUGCUGUGUUUCGUACAGGCCCUGUACUGCAAGAAGGUUGCGAGAAGAUCAGUCAAAUUUACGGUAUGCUGGAUGACCUAAAAACAUUUGACCGAGGUAUUGUGUGGAACACCGAUUUAGUGGAGACACUAGAACUUCAGAAUCUGAUGAUCUGUGCUGCACAGGCUAUAAAUGGUGCAGUAACUCGCAAAGAAAGUCGGGGAGCACAUGCCAGAGAAGAUUACAAGACUAGAGUAGAUGAGUAUGACUAUUCCAAGCCCAUACAAGGACAACAGAAGAGACCCUUUAAUGAGCACUGGAGAAAACACACACUUUCUUACAUAGACAAGGAUACAGGAAAGGUUACUUUGGACUACAGACCAGUGAUUGACAAAACUCUCAGUGACGAAGAAUGUGCUUCUGUCCCUCCAGCUAUUCGCUCCUAUUAAGUUACUUGAAAUGUUAUCCUGCAGAAAACAUUUAAAACCGCUAAUCUGUCUUCAUUAAAAAUUACACACACUGAAUAGUCAUGUUUCAGUAAUAAUUUCUGCAAAACCAUCUUGCUGAGAAGCAGCCUGCACUAUAAUUGUGUACCAGCCUGAGGAAAAAGUACUAUUUGCUAUCCUUUUUCUGCUAUAUUUAUAUUGUAAAUUGAUAUGUGUAAUGUUUGACCUAACUGUAAAAAGCUAAAAACUCUAUAAAAGCAUCCAUGCUUCGUACAAAUGUUAAACAAGAAUUGCUACAUGUGGCAGUACAGGUAUUGUAAAAAAAAAAAAAAAAAAAAAAAGGAAAAAAUAGAAUAUAAUCUCAUGUUUCUGCAACAUUUUGCAACAAGAGGAUUUAGUGUAACUAUUUUCAGAAAAAUAUAAACAAAAGAGUUUUGUCAAAAUA